AUGUCUUCUCAUGUCAAGAAAAAGCGUGAAGAUUAUGAUCGAAAAUACUAUCAAAAAUCACAAUACAAACGUUUUAAAUCGGAAUUAUUUAAUUCAGAAUAUAUUCGAAAACAGAAUGCUAGGCAACAAAAAUGUAGACGAUUAAAGGCGGAAGCACAACAAACAUCAAUAAAUACAACUGAAUCAACAACAGCUACUGCUGAAGUACCAUCAGAUGCAGCUAAAUCAAUAACAGCUACUGCUCAAUCACCAUCAACGGUCAGAACAAAUUUAAGAAGGACUGAAGGUAUUCGUCGUCGUCGAGCUUAUACAAGAAAAAUGAAAAAUGAAAAUGAAAAAUUAUCUAAUGAAAUCAACAUAUUACGUAAACAAAAUUUGAAGUUGAAGAAAGCUUUGUCUCAACAACAUUCAGAAGAUAUUGAAAAAGAUUAUGAGACACCAACUGUGUCACCGACAAAGUUAUUUCUUAAAAAUGUUAGUCCACGAGCUAAAAAACGUGCAACUAAACGACUAAUUGAUAAAAAACAACAAUUACCACGUGGUUCUGUUUCCAAAUUUAGACUAAAAUUAGGUAUUAAUUUGUCGAAUGAUUACUCUUCUCAAUCUGAUAUAUCAUCAACUUUACAAAAAGAUAUUGAGGAAUUUCUUUGUCAAGAUGAUGUUACUAAACAAGCACCUGAUAAAAAAAAACAUGUAAAUGGAAAACAAAUUAGAUAUUCCCUAGACUGA